AAAAAAAGUUUAAUUAAAGAUUCUUGUACAGAAUUUGUUAAGUAGUCUAUCAUAAAGUAUAGCUAUUGUUCAGAAUAUUCUAUAUAAUUCUGUAUACAGACUAUUGUCGGCAAAAUAAGCCUUUAUUUUCGUAAAUCAAUACAAAUAAUAUAUUCUUGUAGUGACGACAUUAGACACGCGAAUAAUGACCCAAACUGACCAGGCUGGCGAUUUUGUGCGCAUAUUUCGUGUGGUAUACACCAAACCAUUUGAUGUUGCCGAAGAUAUUGAGCGCUCGGCAUGUCUUCCACCACUUCCUCCCAUUUAUUUGGAUUCGCAAAUGUUUUUAUUAAAGUCCAGAAACUACGCGGACCUCAAGAAAGCGAUCAGCGAUUGGUAUAACACGGAGAUUGUGGGCAAAGAUAGCGGCAAUUGUGUUGAGACGGGUUCCGGCAAUUCGGGCUCCGGUUCCGGUUCGGGAGAGUUCACGGAUAUUGUGGCCGAACCGUCCACUUCCAAGUCUAAGUGUCAGCUGUUAUCGUGUGAAACGCUGUCUGUUUUCGCCAAAAAUCAGACCGGAUUUGAGGAGAGCUUCAACUCGAAUAGAGUCGGAGCCAGAAAUCGGUGCACUUUUAUCGCUGUCCGCCUCUACUAUGACUCCGGCUAUCAUUUGCAUAAAACCCGACAGGGGAUCAACACCACAGCCAAUCCCAGUGCACCCAAAGCCGACAAAAAGUCGCCGUCUUGUGAUAUCAGCUAAAUAUUGAGACAUUUUUUCAAACAAAAAUCAAUUCUUAAUCAUAUUUCUUAUAUAUUCUCACUAAACAUAUGCACAGAAACUACACA